AUGGCUCCAAUUACAGACGAAGCCGUCGAUAGCCUCAAGAGCAUCAUCCGCGACCUGGAAAACCGCGUUGUGCAAUUGGAGCGGAAGCUCGUCCAUGGAGAGAGUAGCUCAAAGCCCAAUUCGCUUGCAGAGAGCAUGCGGAUGGUCUUGAUGGGUCCUCCCGGUGCAGGGAAGGGAACUCAAGCUCCGAAAAUCAAGGAGAAGUUCUGCAUAUGCCACCUCGCCACUGGUGACAUGCUCCGAUCACAAGUCCAGCAGAAGACGGAAUUGGGAAAACAAGCCAAGGAGAUUAUGGACCAGGGUGGACUAGUUAGCGAUGAAAUUAUGGUGAACAUGAUCAAGCACGAGUUGGAGACAAACCAGGAAUGCCGCAAUGGCUUCAUCCUGGACGGAUUCCCGCGCACAGUCAAACAAGCAGAGAAGUUGGAUGAGAUGCUCAACGCCCGUAACCAGAAGCUUCAACAUGCCGUCGAACUCCGGAUUGACGACGAACUCCUUGUUUCACGGAUAACUGGAAGACUGGUGCACCCGGCUUCCGGCAGGUCCUAUCACAAGAUUUUCAACCCUCCAAAGGUUGCCAUGACUGACGAUAUCACUGGCGAACCUCUGAUUCAACGCUCCGAUGACAAUGCUGCAGCAUUGAAGAAGCGCUUAGUGACCUAUCAUUCUCAAACCGCCCCUGUUGUCGGAUAUUACAAGUCUACCGGUAUCUGGAAAGGAAUCGACGCCAGCCAGGAGCCUAGCCAAGUUUGGAAGAGCCUUCUGCAGGUCUUUGAGAAGAAUUGA